GACAAUGACCUAGCAAAUGAUGAAAGGAGAGCUGGGUUGAUUACUGGGGCAGAAAAGCUAAAAGAAAAUAAUUACAUUACAUUACCCAUCCUGGUAUCUGAGCAAUUUGCAAUAAAUGUUUUAUAUCUUGAGAGAGAAUGUAAAGCUUGUUCUCUUUCACUAUUUAAUUUCUAUUAACACAAAACCAGCGCAGUUUGUACAGGUCUGUUAGGGCGGGUUGUAGUUACCAGGGAAUGUGCAGAGGUCUGAUUUUGAAUUUUGGCAGAUACGCAUCUGUCUGGUUCUCUUCUAAGCUGCAGUGGUGUCUUAGUACAGUCAUUAAGUACAGCUCAGCUACACAAUGAGCUGCUCGAAAACACUCCAUUUUCAUCACUUAUAAAACCUAGUGAUGGAUAAAACUGGAGCCUCAUCUUGAUGAUUUUUUUUUUCCAUUCCCGCUUUGCCUUUGAGAAAAGGCUCUAAUUUAAAUAUACCUGCACACGUACCACAAUGUUACUUUCCUUUUUAAUGUGCUGCCUUUAAGUUGGAAAUGUUAAACCCAAAGAGGCAGAGUUAGGGAGUGGCUUGUAAGCAGUUUGCGCGGGAGUCGUCUCCAAAGAGCCUUUCACUGCAGGACUCCAAUCUGCGAUGGGGCUUCCAGGUGCCCCCACCAUAGAUAAGUCAGAGGGGAAGGAAUGGGAUUGUGACAUCAAAGGUAACUUGGCCAAUCAACAGACAGUUGACUGGCUCUUUCACCUGCUACAGAUUGUUUCAUUGCAAGGCCAUUGGGAAAAACUUCCCUCCUUAGAUGGUGACACAGGUAAGCCACCCAGUUCAGAAUUUACCUUGAUAGAUGUCUAACCUAAAAAUCUGUUUGGCCACACACCAAUAUUCAGAGUUUUAACAUCUUUGCACGUAAUAAGCAUAGUCCUCUGAUUCCAUAGCCAUGAACAGGGAGGCUUCCUUCCUGAGAGCAGACUUGCAGUAUUCGUUGCGAGUCUAAGCUGUGUCUGGGCUUGGCAGCUGAGGAGUGUUACUUAGGUGCAUGUGGUAUUAUUCCUCUCUGCCGUGAAAGAAGUGAUGCAGGUUCUCUGUCUCAAAGCCAUGUGAAGACUGUUCCUGUUAUGGGGGCAGUAUUUUGCAUAGUCUUUCCUGCGCAGGCAGGGUAGCACAGUGCCUCCAACACCCAGCUUGCACACUAAUUCCUUGGACUGAAGGCUUUUUGUUAUUGCCACAGUAUUUAAAACACAAAGUGCUCUGUGCUAACAGGGCACUUGGUUACAUGUCUGCUCUCCAAGACAUUAAAAGAAAUCAUGGAGGUAUAGGAUGCUGAAUGGUGCAGAGAAAGUAAAAUUUACUUCCCAGUUGCCUGAAACACAGCACACACAAUGAAAGAGAAAUUUUAAAAUGGGUAGAAAGAAUCUUGCCCUCCUACACAACCCCUAGCCCUGACCCCAGGAAGAGUGCUGAGAUCAAGAGCCUCAGAUUUGAUGUUAAAUAAACGCUGACAAGGUGGGGCGGGAUAUAAAUCGCUAAGCCAGCCAGAAACUUGAGCACCUAAUUAGGCUGAAGGAAUGUCCUUUGGCCCGUUACGAUUUGAUCACGAGAACAUCAGGUCCUGACUUCUGUCGGUGAUGUGACAGUGUAACAGACCUCUGCUCCUGGUUGUUCUGGUAGGUGGUACCCCCUUUUUCCAAGAUAUGAAGAGAGUGGAAAGUCCCUGUCUGCCUUCCCCUAUUGUACCAGUUCAGUAACACCUGAAGUGCAUCCAUUUAAGCCAGUCUGCGUGACAUCUUCCAUUUUGAUCUUCCUCCCUGAGCAUUCACUGCUGACACCCAUUACAGCUCCCUGCGAAUGUCCCCAGCUGCCCUCCCCCAGUGCUUCGGGUUAACAAGAACAAACUUACUGUUGCAGCCAUGGAGUCACUGCUGCAGGUGCUCCCCGCCAAGCCCACCGGCCAAGAGCUCCUCACUCUGCUAGAUGCUGUUGGGCAGCGGAAGGGCCAGGUGUUAGUGAUGGAGAUGGAUGAUGCGCAUGAGCGAGUCUCACCUGUGCGGGUUGCCUUUGCCCGGGAGCUCUUCAGUAGGGCUGACCUUGGGACCGAGCUCCUCCGGGACGAGGCCAGCAAGGAGCGAGAGCAGGAGCUGCGGCCGCAGCUGGUUUUCAUGCUGUGGCAGGCUGCCACCCUGAGGCAACUCGUGCAGUGGGAACUUCUGGAUGAGACACUUGGGAACUUGAGGAGCCUCUUUCCCUGCGUGCCAGCGGCACUGGUGCUGGUGCUGAUCCAGCCAGGCCUGCGGCAUCAGCAAGUGGAACCAGAGCAGGCGGCAGGGGUGCUGAGGAGGAUGCAGUGCUUGCUGGAUAGCAGCUUCCAGGAUCUGGUGGUGGAGGCAGCUGUCUACAGCCCGGGCCAGCUAGAGGGUGCGUGGGAGGUCAAGAGAGCCGCGUGCAGAGCCCUGGGAGAAGUUCUGAUGGAGCGAGAAGAAAUCGCUUCUCGGGACCCCGUUGCUAUCCGGCUUGGCUUGGAGGUGUGCAAUGUCAGCUAUGGAAGGCGGUAGAGGACUGGAUCCCUUGGUUGCCUCAGGAUGUGCUUGGCAGGUGGGUUUCCUCCCAAUAUUCCCUCAUUGCAGCCUCCCCUGCUGCUGCCGCAGUCCUCGACCAGCGUACUCUGCUGCUUCAGCCACGUGAGCCCGCCGGCCUGAGACUCGCCUGCUCCCCACGUGCACUUGAAGACGGUGACUGCUCUAGGAAAUGGACAGAAGGACAGAUCUUGGUACACCUCUUCUCUGCACAGACACCCUCCUGCUAUUAGUAGGAACCCCAAUUGAGAAAGGGAAGAUUUGAGUGCGUGUGUGGGCUGCGAGGGAUGCUGACGCCACAACAUGUCGCACCAGCUGUUCCACAUGCGCCUUCCCAGCCCUGUGAUGGGGAGCAGAGAUGCAAUUAUUCUCGUGCCUACCUGUCAGGUUUUUUAUUUGAGUCUCUCUUACUUACCUGGCAGGGGAAAUACCAGGACCACCAAGGUGGUUUUCCUACUGGCUGGGGAAAACCAUGAACAUGGCAGGGGGUAGCGCCCUGACCGAGGUAAUGCAUCGUUAGCCUCCCACUUUCACUUCCAAUGGGAAGAUUUCGGGUAUACGCUGACUUCUUGGAAAUGGGAGACCCCUCCCUAGCUUGCUUCUGCGGCCAUAGGGCUGAGGGCAAGCAAAACUCAGGGGCAUCCAAACCCCAAGCCUCUGGGCUUGGGCCUAUGUGUAGGAUGCCUGCCAAAGGAUUUGGAAGCAUCUGAAGCCCCAGGCAGGGUGGAGGAUGCUUGCCAGUAGCACAGGGGCAGGCAAUUAUUUUAGGUGGAGGGCAAUUUAAUGAGUUCUGGCAAGCCAUCGAGGGCCGCAUGACAGGCAGCCACGGGCAGAUAAAUAUUAAUUUUCUUAAUUUUUUAGGGGUCCUGCGGACCGGAUAGAAUGGCCUGGCACGCCGCAUCUGGCCCACAGGCUGCAUUUUGCCCACCCCUGUGGUAGCAGGACCACACACGUUUCUUGAAUGUCUCACGGAUUUGGAAAUGAUUUGGCUGAUUUGACAUGAAAAAAUGUCCUUUAAAAAAAUAAAAAAAAGUCUCUCUUACGAUUGACAUCCCUGACCUGAGAAACUUUCCCAUUAAAAUCUCUUUGAAACUCUUGAGCUUCCACGACAUGAUUGGGUGUCCAGGAAAUGGUGUCUUUUGUCAAACGGAUUGUGAAAAAACAUUGCUUUCGGCUGUUAGCGUGAAGGAGGGACAGGGUCUGAUCGUAUUGGGCUGCUAGGCAUUUUCCAGCCCUCUUUCCAAACCUGUAAAGCAAGAGGGAGCCCAGGAGGAAGAGCUGCAGAACGGGUAUUUUCAGUCUCACUUAAAGAGCACCAAGUUGCUGCAGCUAGGGUCAGAGCCCCCUGUAUCAGCAGUGGCAGUGUCUGCUGCCGUUAACCCUGGGCAUGCUGACAUUUUUUAAGUAGGCCUCCACCCAGUGCUCAGGCUGAAGUGUAGUAGACAGUGCUGAAAAGAGGGGAAGAAUCACUGCCUCAAUCUGCUGGCAGUGCUCCUACCGAUGCAGCCCAGGAUGCCGGUAGCCUUCUUGGCACCAAGGGCACACUGCUGGCUCCUGUCCAUCUUAUUGUCCACCAGGCACCAGGUCCUUUUCUGCAGAGCUGCUGCUUAUCCAGUCAGUCCCAGCCUGCACCAGUGCAAUGAGCACAGGCACCUGUAAAAUUAUGGCAGCUGGGUGCUGAGGAGUGUGAGAGAUGCAGUGGUGACUGGGUGUUCUGGAGUGAGCAAGGAAGAGGUAUCUUGCACUUGGAAACGUGGCUGUGUGCAAAUAAACACUGCUGGGCCCUUAGCACGUUUCCCUGGGGCCCUAUUCCCCUGUCUCAAAGCCCGACAUGCCAUUCCCUGCCCUCUCCUCCGCUCUGCGACACUUGGCUGUCUCUGAGCUCUGGUCUCAGCUGAUCAUGCUGGUGACCUUGGCCGUGGGUGAGGAAGCAGUUAGUUAGGUUUUCACGGGGACGGUCACGUUUCAAACGGCUGUUGCAGGUACCCCACUGGAAAAAGGACCAAAGCAUCAUUUCACCAACCACCCAGGACAGGUGUUUGCACCCAGACCGUCCCCUGAAAACAUAAUGGGUGGUGACCCGAGCCUUAAAUGUCAUGGAGCGUGUACACUUCAGUACAAUAGUUGUUUUCAAUUAGUGACAAGCGGGUAGAAAGUACUGUGCAACGAGUGAAGGACUCAUUCUCUGCUCCUGCUCUUUUAGAAGUUUGUCUUUGUGGAAAUAAAAUGAUUUCAAUAUUGUACCAUAAUCCUUUUUAAAGGGAUGCUGGGAGGGAAGUGACCUGCCCUUAGUUUGGUAUGAUCUGUUGGAGCAUGUCAUCUAUAGGUAAGCGCUGAGACUUCUUUAUUUAGUUAGUUUUAGUUUUUAGGGGGCAUCAGCAUAGGAUUCAGCGUAUUAGACGGAUCACCCUGUUUCAUAGAUGCAUCCCUAUGGGUGUAACGCUGGAGUUUAGGGUUAAUGGUGCACUUCGGCAGUAGUGAUUUCUUGUAUUCUUUCUCUCUCAUUUGGUUUCUUUACAGAUCCUGUAUCCAUCUGAGGUCUAAACUGUCCCCAGGAGAAAACAUUAAAGUUUGGAGUUUAUUCUGUCAUCAUGUGUCUGUAUGAGCCAUCAUUUAUAGCCAAAAGUGGGGUGGGGGACUUCAAUCGAAUCAUAGGGAAGUGUGGCUGGAAGGGAGGUGCAGAGGUCUAGUCCGACCCCCUGCCUGAGGCAAAAUCAUCCCUAUUCAACACAGUUCAUGAUCUAACCUCUGCAUAAAAAUAUUUGAAGUAUUUGUAAUUAUUUUAGGAAAUACAUGAUGUUGUUGGAUUCCUCUUUGUAUUUAUAACAUCCUUGGAGGUUUUAAAGACCUGGCUCAACAUAGCCUUGGCUGGGAUGAUAUAGCUGGGGCUGGUCCUGCUUGGAGCAGGGGGUUGGACUGGAUGUGACCUCCCGAGGUCCCUUCAACCCUCAUUUUUUAGGAUUCCUGACCGGCAUGAAUAUAUACCUAUAUAAUAUAAAAUGUUGGCAUCUACACUUAAGUAUUUACCAAAAACAAUAGCAAAAAGAGUAUUUUUUAAAGUUGUAUAUCCUUCCCUUCUUUUCUUUAAGUUUGUAACCGUUGUGGUCUGGGAUAUUGCCUUAGGUGUAAUGUUUUAUAACAUGCUCAGCAGUUUUGGAAACUGGAAAAUCUGUUUGGAAAGAGUCUGUCAGUGUAUACAGUAGCAUGUGUUGUAACUUGCUUCCAGGAUUUCAUGUUUCUUACGGUUUGGUUCGCCGUGGUAGAGAAAUAGAUGCUUUCUUCUAAAGGGUGUUGAUGGUCAAUGAAUUUCAAUAUCUUCAACUCAAAGCCAUCAGCAUUCACGAGUCAAGCUCAAACAAUUGCAAUGCCUUUAAAAUUAAUGAAAUUUUAAAAUGUU